AUGAGCGUCAAAACCGUGUCAAUUACUCCAUUCCAGGACCAGAAGGCCGGAACGUCUGGGCUUCGCAAGAGAGUCACUGUCUUCCAGCAGCUACAUUAUUCUGAAUCCUUUAUCACAAGCAUUCUUCUAUCCAUUCCGGAAGGUGCUGAAGGCUCUUUUUUGGUAAUUGGCGGCGAUGGGAGGUACUACAACCCGGAAGUCGUGCAAUUGAUUGCCAAAAUCGGAGCUGCAUAUGGCGUCAAAAAGUUGCUGGUAGGCCACAAUGGAAUCCUGAGCACACCAGCUGCUAGCCAUGUUAUUAGAAAGAGAAAGGCCACAGGGGGUAUUCUGCUUACUGCAAGCCAUAACCCAGGCGGACCAAAUGCGGAUUUCGGUAUCAAAUAUAAUCUUUCCAACGGUGCUCCGGCUCCCGAGUCAGUGACAAACAAGAUAUAUGAAACCUCGAAGAGUCUCACAUCAUACAAGAUCGCUGAAAUACCCGACAUCGAUCUCACGCAGAUCGGGACCAAGACAUACGGAUCUCUGGAGGUGGAAAUCAUCCAUUCCACAACAGACUACGUGGAUAUGCUUAAAGACAUCUUCGAUUUUGAUCUUAUUAAAUCUCUGUUUAAAACGCAUCCAGAUUUCAAAGUGCUCUUCGAUGCAUUGCAUGGUGUUACUGGGCCGUAUGGAAAGGCGAUUUUCUUAGAUGAAUUGGGACUGCCAGCUUCGAGUGUGCAAAAUUGCGUUCCCUCUCCAGACUUUGGUGGCGGACAUCCAGACCCAAAUCUGACAUAUGCACAUUCCCUGGUGGAAACCGUCGACAAAAAUGACAUUCAAUUCGGCGCGGCGAGUGAUGGAGACGGAGACCGCAACAUGAUAUACGGGGCCAAAACUUUCGUCUCGCCAGGAGACAGCUUGGCUAUCAUCGCCCACCAUGCAAAUUUGAUUCCCUAUUUCAGGAAACAGGGUGUGUAUGGUCUAGCCCGCUCAAUGCCAACUUCAGGCGCCGUCGAUCUCGUCGCCAAAGCGCAAAACCUGCAAUGUUACGAAGUUCCCACCGGCUGGAAGUUCUUCUGCGCCCUCUUCGACACGAAGAAAAUGUCAAUCUGUGGCGAGGAGAGCUUUGGGACAGGUAGCAACCAUAUCCGCGAAAAGGACGGACUCUGGGCCAUUGUCGCCUGGCUCAACAUCAUCGCUGGCGUCGCCAAAACCCACCCAGAAAAGCCCGUGAGCAUCGCCACGAUCCAGUACGACUUCUGGAAAGAAUACGGCCGCACCUUCUUCACGCGCUACGACUAUGAAAAUGUCGAUUCCGAUGGGGCUAGCAGGGUCAUCGCCAAUCUCAAAGAGCUUAUCACGACCAAGAAGGAUACUUUCGUUGGCUCCAGCGUUUCGGGCCGCAAGGUCGUCGAGGCCGAUGACUUUUCCUACACCGAUCUAGACGGCACUGUGAGCAAGAACCAGGGCAUUUACGUCAAGUUUGACGACGGGAGUCGUAUCGUGGUACGGCUUUCGGGGACGGGUAGCAGUGGGGCGACGAUUAGGUUGUACAUCGAACGCCACGAGCGGGAUGAGAAGGAGUUUGGGAAGAACGCGCAGGAGUAUUUGAAGGGAAAUAUUGAGCUGGCGGUGCAGUUGUUGAAGCUGAAGGAAUUUAUUGGACGAGAGGAGCCGGAUGUUAAGACCUAA